CCCCUCGGUAUAUCUGGUGGGAAUUCCGUCUGCUUUCAUACAUUUGUGAAUUUCUUCAACACUCUGAGUGCAAAUAGCAGUAGCUUUACAGUAGCUUUAUCCAGGAGUGCGCGGUGAAAGAAGGCGGGAUCUAGAUAUCAAUACUUUGUUUCUUUCAGGACGGUUUUUAAAGUUACUCCGACGGCUCGAGACAGGUCAAGUAGAUGCAUUAAAAACAGCACAAUAUAAAAUACAAAGUACUGUGCAUUCUAAUGUAAUUCAAUCAUUUGAAGUCUUCUAUUGCAGUUUGAUUAUAGAGAGUGCGUGUUUACUUCAGACACUGUCCUGUGCUGCACACACACACACACACACACACAGCAGCAGCAGCAGCAUGAGUGUGUGUGGAGCUGCUCGGUUCCGCGGCUCCGUGGCGAGGAUCCUUCAGCAGCACCGAGCCGUCUGCAGCCACACGAGCGGCUCAGCUACCGAGGGAAUCAGGGAGAAGCUGCAGGCUUUCCCGGGAGGAUCCGUGGAGCUCCGGAAGCAGCGGGACUCGGGCGUUGCGCUGCUCACGCUCAACAACCCCGCGCGCAGGAACGCGCUCUCAGGCAGCAUGAUGCUUGACCUGGAGCAGCGUCUGUGUGAACUGGAGACCUGGACAGAAGGGAGAGCUGUGAUUGUGCAGGGAGCUGCGGGGACCUUCUGCUCUGGAUCAGACCUCAGUGCAGUCAGAGCCAUCGCUAACCCACACGACGGCAUGAAGAUGUUGUCCUGUGGUGAUGUUUCCGGCAGGCUGCCGCUCAUCUCCGUGGCCCUGGUGGAGGGACGAGCGCUGGGUGGAGGAGCAGAACUCACCACUGCCUGCGACUUCAGGUUGAUGACGUCUGAUGCUGUUAUCCAGUUCGUCCAUAAGCACAUGGGUUUGGUUCCUGGAUGGGGAGGAGCUGCAAGACUGGUUCGUAUCGUUGGCAGCCAGAAUGCCUUGAAACUGCUGAGCGGCGCUAGAAAAGUGGAUCCAGACACUGGAAAACAGAUGGGACUGGUUGAUGAGGUGCUCCAUUGUUCGUCUGGCGAGGGAGAAGCUCUGUGUCAGGCCGAGCGGUGGCUGGGUCCGUUGAUUCAGGGCCCGGCUCCAGUGAUCCAGGCGGUGAAGAGGGUGGUGGUCUCAGGAAGAGAGCUUCCCCUGGACCAAGCCCUUCAGACCGAGAGAAGUGUGUUUGGGACAGUAUGGGGCGGUCCGGCCAAUCUCGAGGCUCUGGCUUUAAAACCUAAACAUAAGUGACUGCAGUCAUCAUCGCUGCUAACCAUUAAAACUGUUUCAAAUGUGCUUGAAGAACCUUAUAUUUUCAGAUCAGUAGAAGUUACAGAAAAGUUCCUGGAUUGUUUUGCGGAGCUUGCUCAUGUGCACAUUAGUAUCUUAACAUCUGAAUGCUGUAUCUUUCAAAGUUUUGUGUUUGCAAGAAUCUAUGUAUAUUAAUGCAGUACUUUAAAGUUGUCUUUUUUUCUUCAUAAAGGAUAAACCUGAGGGGAAAAUAAAGCAGGAUCAGCUAGGCCUAAUUAAAAUUCAUGAAUCCAGGGUGAAUCAAACACGAUGUUCACAUUCUGAAUGGUCCUGCAUCCACAUGACUCAUUGUGGACCUUUAAAGAAAUCACUUGCAUUGGUACUUGAGUAUCAAAUAUAUUAGCAACUCUCUACUUGAUAAAAUGUUUGAAUAAGCAUACAGUAUGCACACUGUACUCCACUACACUUGGCAUGGUACAGUACCUAACUUUUUGUGCAGCGGUUUAUUUCUGCUGCAAAAGAAGUGAUAUCGCCAACUACAGGGCAUUGAAGAUAAUCGAUCUUGUGUGUUUUUACACACCUGAACUAGUCAACAAGGCUACUUUACACAAAUGUGAGCGCAUUAGCAGGUAAUUGUGAAUCUGUUAAGGGGUCAUUAAAUGUAACAAUGUGUCAUCUUUUAUUGGUCAGACUUUGGCUCAUAAUUGUUUUAGUCGGCAGAUUUUGAGUCGUUUGGGAUGAGGACAUGGUGUAGACCUUGAAGGAGAUUGGUUUACUUCUAUGCCCUUUUACAGUAUUUGUGCUUAACUGAGAUGUCAGUGUUUGUAGACGUUUAAGAUGCUGUUUUGUCGACCUUCAUUUAUUGCAAUGUUGAGUUUUAUUUUGAUUUUAGAAAAUAGAAUUUGUAAAUUGUACAA